GUAGAUAUAUAUACCACUUAGUACUUACUCUUGAUUCAGUUAAAGAUCGAUCCUUAUAGUAUUGCUCAUUUUGCUUUUUUUGUGAGAGUUUGUCUUAAUAUCAUCACUAAUACUAUGGCACCAAAGAAUAAGUACAAUAUUUUCAUAAGCUUUAGAGGUGAGGACACCCGUUACAAUUUCACUAGUCAUCUCCACAAAGCAUUGUCCCAAAAGAGUUUACAAGUUUACAUGGAUCAGAGGCUGGAGAGAGGUGAUGAAAUUUGUUUUUCUCUCUUGAAAGCAAUUGAGGACUCAAUGCUUUCUGUCAUCAUUUUCUCGGAAAAUUAUGCAUCUUCGAGGUGGUGUUUGGAUGAAUUGGUUCAUAUUCUAAGGUGUAAAGAAAGAGAUGGACAGAUUGUUGUACCUAUAUUUUAUCAUGUGAGUCCGUGCGAUGUCAGAAAACAAUCAGGGAGUUUUGGAGUUGCAUUUGGUGAACUUAAAGAACGCUUUAAGAGAAACUUUGAUACACAAUGGAUAGGUAAAAUGGAAGAUUGUUUUAGGAGUGAGCCUGAUAGAUUGACUCAAUGGAGGAAUGCUUUAAUAUCUGCAGCUAAUCUUUCUGGCUGGGAUGCACCCACAACAAGGUGUGAUGAGUCUGAAUUAAUUGAGAAAAUCGUCAAUGACAUUUUGAAGAAAUUGAAUCAAGUGACAUCAAGUACAAAUGUUUUGAAUGGUCUAGUUGGAAUGGAGAGAUGAAUUGAAUAUAUUGAAUCAUUGUUUCUCACCAAUAAGUCAUCAUUAGAUGCUCAGAUUGUAGGAAUUUUGGGGAUUGGUGGCAUGGGCAAGACAACUCUAGCACAUGUCUUAUUUACUCGAAUUUACAAUAAGUUUGAAGGUCAUUGCUUUCUUGAAAAUAUUAGGGAAGAAUGGCAAAACC